AAUUAUCCUGCCUGAGUCAUCCAAAGGGAGCUGUGAUAAAGAUACCAAGAGAUAAAACAUCAGUCUUCAAAUAUCACAGAAUUCACCUGUGCAAAAGGUCCAGAAUAGGAAAUUUGAUAAUGUCAAGUGUCUCCUCCAUUGAUUAUUGGCAACUGGUGUGCUCAAAGAAGACUGCUUCCAAAAUAGAUUUCCAGCUCUGUGGAAUUCCAGCUCUAAGAGUUUCAUAGCCUUGCCCACCCCCCUUGUAAAUGUAUUGCAAUGGUCACAUGAAUGUUCCAGGUGUGGUAUGGAUCCCGUCUCUUGGUCUGUUUAUAAUGACACUUUAGAAGGAAAAAGCCAACUGUUUUUUAAAAAAUAAAACUGAAGUGCUGCAAAAAAUGAAUUUGAUUCUGAAACUUCGUAGAAGUUUCCGAACACUAGUAAUCCUCCUGGGCACCUUUUGUUUGGUGAGCAUAGUCAUUUCUGCCUAUUACUUGUAUGCAGGUCACAAGCAAGAAAUUACCCUAAUUGAUACCACAGGAGGAGCAGAGUGUGAGGACCUUAAGCUUUUACCAUACAGAUCCAUGGAACUUAAAACUGCUAAGCCAAUUGAUCCAUCUAGAACUGACCCUACAGUGCUGCUGUUUGUUGAAAGCCAGUACUCUCAGCUUGGCCAGGACAUCAUAGCCAUUCUGGAGUCUAGUCGAUUUCAGUAUCAGAUGGUGAUUGCAUCCGGAAAAGGGGACAUGCCUCCUCUGGCCGAUAAUGGCAAAGGGAAAUAUAUACUUGUAAUAUAUGAAAAUAUUUUGAAGUACACAUCCAUGGAUUCAUGGAAUAGAGAACUUCUGGAAAAAUACUGUGUGGAAUACAGUGUUAGCAUAAUUGGUUUUCAUAAAGCCAAUGAAAACAGCUUGUCAAGCACUAGACUCAAAGGAUUUCCAUUGCAUCUUUACAAUAACGUAGCUCUUCAAAACUGCUUAGUAAAUCCCCAGUCUCCUCUACUGCACAUUACCAAAGCCCCACGAGUUGAGAAAGGCCCAUUACCCGGUGAAGACUGGACCGUUUUCCAAUACAAUCACUCCACUUACCAACCAGUGCUUUUAACAGAACUUCAGGCUUCCAAAUUAUUUCCAACAUCACUGUCUAAGGUUUCUUUCUAUGCUACAGUGAUUCAGGACCUGGGCCUUCAUGAUGGGAUUCAGAGAGUCCUUUUUGGAAACAACUUGAACUUUUGGUUGCAUAAACUUAUUUUUAUAGAUGCCAUCUCCUUCUUGUCAGGGAAGAUGCUCACACUGUCCCUGGACAGGUACAUUCUUGUUGACAUUGAUGACAUCUUUGUUGGGAAGGAAGGGACAAGGAUGAAUGUAAAAGAUGUGAAGGCCUUACUAGAGACUCAAACUUUACUACGUACUCAGGUUGCAAAUUUUACCUUCAACCUUGGAUUUUCAGGAAAAUUUUACCACACAGGAACCAUUGAAGAGGAUGAAGGUGAUGACCUAUUGCUAAAUUCUGUGGAAGAGUUUUGGUGGUUUCCACAUAUGUGGAGUCACAUGCAACCUCAUCUCUUCCAUAAUGAGUCAUCACUGGUGGAGCAGAUGAUUCUUAACAAGGAGUUUGCACUAGAGCAUGGUAUUCCAACUGACAUGGGCUAUGCAGUUGCUCCACACCAUUCUGGUGUUUAUCCAGUACAUAUCCAGCUUUAUGAAGCCUGGAAGAAAGUGUGGGGUAUUAAAGUUACCAGCACUGAAGAGUACCCUCAUCUGAAACCUGCACGGUACAGACGGGGCUUCAUCCACAAUGGCAUCAUGGUUCUCCCUCGGCAGACAUGUGGACUUUUCACCCAUACAAUCUUUUACAAAGAAUAUCCUGGGGGCUCUCAAGAAUUAGACAAAAGCAUCCGAGGAGGUGAACUGUUUCUAACCAUCCUUCUCAACCCUAUCAGUAUCUUCAUGACUCACUUGUCCAACUACGGGAAUGACCGUUUGGGUUUGUACACCUUUGUCAAUCUUGCCAGCUUUGUUCAAAGCUGGACCAACCUGAAACUCCAGACUCUGCGUCCAGUUCAGCUGGCUCACAAGUACUUUGAUCUUUUCCCCGAGCAAAAAGACCCACUAUGGCAGAAUCCAUGUGAUGACAGACGCCAUCGGGAUAUCUGGUCUAGAGAUAAAUCUUGUGAACACCUGCCUAAAUUUCUUGUGAUUGGUCCACAGAAAACAGGAACAACAGCACUGUAUUUAUUUCUCCUUAUGCAUCCUUCCAUCAUUAGUAAUCUCCCCAGUCCAAAAACCUUUGAAGAAGUUCAGUUCUUUAACGGAAACAACUACCACAAGGGAAUCGACUGGUAUAUGAAUUUUUUCCCUACCCCUUCUAAUACCACCACUGAUAUCGUAUUUGAGAAAAGUGCCAACUACUUCCAUUCAGAAGAAGCUCCCAGACGUACCGCCUCCCUCAUUCCCAAGGCAAAACUCAUCACCAUUCUUAUUGACCCAUCGGACCGAGCAUACUCCUGGUAUCAGCAUCAGCGUUCUCACGAAGACUCUACUGCUUUGAAGUUCAAUUUCUAUGAAGUGAUUACAUCAGAUGACUGGGCAUCCCCUGAAUUAAAGACUCUACAGAAACGCUGCUUGACUCCUGGAUGGUAUGCAGUGCAUAUUGAAAGAUGGCUAACAUACUUUCCCACUUCACAGUUGCUCAUCGUUGAUGGACAGCAGCUCAGAAGUGAUCCGGCUACUGUAAUGGAUGAAGUGCAGAAGUUUCUGGGAGUUUCUCCUCAUUAUAAUUAUUCAGAAGCCCUAACGUUUGACCCUCAGAAAGGCUUUUGGUGUCAGCUGCUGGAGGGAGGAAAGACAAAAUGCCUGGGGAAAAGCAAAGGCCGAAAGUAUCCACCAAUGGAUCAAGAGUCCAGGGCAUUCCUUUCAAACUACUACAGAGAUCGCAAUGUAGAACUCUCCAAACUGCUGCACAGACUAGGACACCCAUUACCAUCCUGGCUAAGACAAGAACUUCAGAAAGUGAGAUAGCACUGAAGCUGGGAGGAGCCAAAACUCACGUGGCCUGUUUUCUUUGCUCAGACACCCUGCACUUUCCCAGUCCUCUUCCAGUUGUCAGUCCAGGAUCCCGUGAAUAAUUCUUUCUGAAAAGAAAAGGGGGAGGGGGAAAAGCUCCCUAAGAGGGAAAAUGUUAUAUAUGCACGCACUGACUGUUAUUAGUAUCAGCCUUUUGGUCAUCUUCUGGGAAAAGAUACUGAGCUAUGGCAAUAUUCUUUAUCAAGUCUGGGGCUCAUGCAUACUCUGUUUACCAGAAUGUCCCAGAAACUGAAUGUAUGAUCGAUAGUCUUCAUCAUAUGUGACAAAUUACAGACUGUCAAGACACAAGCAAAGGAUGGAAUCAUCUCUCAGUGGAUUGUGAGGUUUGUAAUUUCCUUGGCAACUGCAAUUUUAGUCAGUUUUCUUAUCUACUUUUCCUUUUGUUAUUUGGGGGCUCAUUUUACAGACAGCUGAAUAUCAUCACUCAAAUGGGGGAUUACAUUCUCCAAGGGUCUGUCUUUUGUAGGUAUGUUUGCUUGUUGCUCAUUUUAUUCUUCUAUUUUAAUAAUGUACUUUGGUUGGAAAAGAACAAUACAUGGAGGUUCUCGUAGCCCCUUCAGGCAACUCUUUGUGGCCUGAUCACAGUUUUCAAUGUUAUUUUUAAAGAAGUUACAUAAUUACAAGAAGAAGCUUGAGAUUGUUAGCAGGUUCCCUUAAGUGAUCAUUACUAGCUAGCAUGUUAUUGCCACUAGAUGGAAGUCAGUUAAAAUUGUUCCACAUGGGUGACUGUUAUUUCGGGAUGGAUGGUUCAUGUAUAUACUUAGUGUAUGGACCAUGUGAUUAUCACCACAAUACCACCUUUUUCUCAUUGUUUUUAGUAAAAAUUGUCUAGUCCAUUAUAUGGCAAGCAGCUCACUAAGUGGUAGGAAUCAUUCAUGACAUCCAUCUAUGCAUCACAGUUCAACAUUCAUAACAUUACCAGCAUAGUCCCUUUUCUACUA